GUUGCUUAAAAGGAGCAGGAGCAGCAGCACACAAUAUCAGUUUUCUUCUAUCUCUUGCAGUAAACAACAGCUGAAAUCAAUUUCCCAGGAUGAAGAAGCUGUUAAUUGACUGUGACAUUGGCGUCGACGAUGCUCAGGCCCUCAUGGUGGCUCUCACUUCCCCCGAUGUGGAGGUUUUGGGAAUCACCUGUUGUCAUGGCAACGUGUCCUUGAAAAAUGUCCUGCAGAACACACUGCGUGUCUUGGAAGUUUGCAAAAAGCUGGAUAUCCCAGUGUAUCGUGGCUGUACAGAGCCCAUGGUGGCCAAAAAGAGGAAUGCAGGAGAUUACCAUGGAAAAGACGGACUGGGUGAUGUUCCUCAUGAUGACCCUCCAAAAUUGGACCUGAUUCAGGAUAAGAAGGCAAUACAUGCAAUCAUCCAGACUGUGAACAGAAAUCCAGGAGAGGUGACUUUGGUUGCUCUUGCUCCACUCACUAACCUGGCCAUUGCUAUAAAUGUGGACCCUAGCCUGCCUAAAAAACUCAAGGCCCUUUACAUCAUGGGAGGAAAUACUGAGUCCAGGGGAAAUACUACAUCUUGUGGGGAGUUUAACUUUGUGGCUGACCCUGAAGCUGCUCAUGUGGUGUUGGAACGUUACACCUGUCCCACCUACGUCGUGUCCUGGGAGUUCACAUGCAGGAACAGCUUGCCCUGGACCUUUGUGGACAAGUGGUUGGCACAAGACACCGAAAAGGCCAAGUUUAUGAAAGCGAUUACAGAGGUUUCCAUGAAGAAAGCUCGCUCACCAGAAUAUCAGAAGGAGAUCACAGAGGGUAAAGGUUUCAACGCCUGUGACACCUACGCCAUGGCUGCUGCCAUCGACGACACUUUUGUCACUGAAAGUGAACAGGUUGCCGUGACUGUGGAGUUGAAUGGUGCCCACACCAGAGGCAUGAUGGUCAUGGACUACAUCGAGCUGCUAAAGAAGGAGCACAAGGUCAACAUUGUGAAGAAAGUGGAUAUGAACAAGUUCAGGCAAAUGCUGAUGAAUUCACUGAAGUAGACACACAGUGUCACUGCAGGAUCAGUGCUCUGAAGAAACGGAAACAAAUGUAUCUUCAGUCCUCAUAUUCAACAAACAAAUAAAUAUCAUU